GUAUUGAGCGAACAAACGUAUAUGUCGUUUCGUGCUCGUUGCCCGUUGACUGAGUAAACGCACAGGAAGAAAAUAGCAGCAGCAACAGCCAGAAGCAGUAGCAGACGCAGCAGCCAGCGGCCAGGACAAGUGAAAUUCGAGGCACGGGCGACAACAGCAACAACGAGCAGCAUUGCCCGAAACGAAUGCACAACGAACCUGGCACGACGACUACGAACAGAAACGACUCACACACACAUACACACACACACACUCGCACACAUACAUAGGCACUGGCGGCGGCUUGUAUGAACAUAAAGUGGAAAUACGAAACGCCUUGAGGAGAGCAGCGCCGACGUCGUAGUCCGUGACGGCAACAACAGCAGCAGCGACAGCGACUGCGACUGCGGCAGCGACCGCAUCAAGCGGCCAAGCAAAAGGCAGACAAACAGGCAAAACCUGCUGAGACGAUACGACGAGUCCUUGCUCGUCGGUUCAUAUGUGCGGAACACUGAAGAGACACACUAGAAAAAGUUUUCACAUCAAAUAAAAGACUCCACACACAAAUACAAGAAAAACAUAAAGAAUAAUAACAACAACAAAGAAGCAAUCAAGUGAAAUUCGUGAAAAGAAAUACAUGUUUUUAAAGUGCAAACCUAAUUCCCCCCUACAACAAAAAAUAUAUUAACAAAUAUUUCUUAAAAAUUUUCGAAAAAUUUUCAACAAACCAAAAUAAUAAACUACAGCAAAGGAAAAGUCGUGUAAGAUUUGUGCAACAAAUAAAAAGAAAAUUAAGUCUAUGAAACUAAAACAAAAGUGCCGCAGCUGAGCGCUAAGCAAAAAAGUGCUAACAAGUUCCUUCAACAAAAAACAAAUAAAAUAAAAUUUAAAAUAUAUAUACAACAAUAACAACACAAAUAUUGUUAUAACCAUAAAAAACAAAAGUAUACAAAUAUUAUACACCAUACAAAUAUUUCUUUGCAUUUUUAUUAAAACACCCAGUGAACAAAAACAGCCACACAGAUAAAAAGAAAAUUGCAAAUACUGAUCAAAGUCAAAGUCUUAGAAACGAAACGAUAACCCAAGUGCCGUGCGUUCAAAUUUCUGCCUCCCAUAUAGUAGAUCAUAUGAAACAUCAAAUUUGGCAAGCGUGAGAGAUAUAAAAGGACCACCUAACGGGAAGCUAUAAACACAGCAAGCGGUCAGAGCAAGAUUUUUAGGCAGCCGCAAGCGACUUCCGUGCCAGUAAGAGUAACGGUAGAGUACGAUAUAGUGCCGACGGCAGAGAUUUCAUAUAUAUAUCUAAAUAUAUGCAUACUUACAUAUAUACGUACAUGUGUGUGCAUAUAUAGACAGCAACUAGUGUGCCUACGCCUGUGUGUGUUUCGUCUGUCAGCAACUCCCUCGACAAAGGCCAACAAAGUUCAACAAACAACAGGCCAGACACUUCAGUUGGACAAGUAGACAAUUGAUUAUUGAUUUUGUCUAAAGGCAACUUCACAGCUAGCAGCGGCGUAUAAGUAACGGGCGCGUUAACUGAAAGAAAAGGAAAAACCUUUGCGACCAGUGUUGUGCAGUGCAAAGCGCUAUAGCGCGCAGUGUUGAGCAGCGAGCAUGAAGACUUACAAGCGCUAAGCACGCAACACAAACAACCAAAGCAAACACUGCAAGUGACAAAAAAAAAAUAACUCACUCGCACGCUCUUUCCCCCCCUAACCCAUUCUUUGGCUCUCUUUGACACUCACACACACGCGCACACAUACAUCGCCAACAUAAGCCGUUUAAUUGAUAAAGUGCGCCAAAGCAACAAAUCGAAAAUGUUCUUCUCGCUCGCACAGACUCUGGUCUGCGUGCUGCUCAUCAACGGCGGCCUCUAUGCGCUGCAUUUGAGCGGCAACAGCGAGAAGCAGGCGGGCACUGGCUCCAGCUCGGGGCCAGGCUCCGGCCUGGGCUCAGCGUUGAGCGCCGGCCAGGUGAGCGCCUCUGGUGCUUGGCAGCCGCAGCAGCAGCAGCAGCUGCAUCAGCAUGCGGGCGGCGGAGCGCCACCUGGCGGCGGGCUGGGCAGCAAUAGCCAUGGACAUCGCUCGGACGGACAUCGUUCGGCGGCUGCGGCUGCUUUCGAUGCGACCACGGGCCGUUUGAACAGAGAGAUUGCGGACAUGGCGCAGCUGGAGCGCGAGCGUUUGAUGCUCCUCGGCCUGGCCAAGCAGACGGCCGAGAGUCCCGAUGCGCCCGCUGGCCACCACGGCCGGCCCAUCAUCGCUGGCCGCGUUCAAAUGCAGCCCAGUGAGGGCCUGGACGUGGGCGACUAUCCGGCUCUGUUGCAGCAGGCAGCUCGCGGCUUUAUGUUUGGCAGCGUGCAAAAGCAGCCGCCGCCACCGCUGGCCGCCGACGAGGACUACGAGCAGUUACGUGAGUUUGGACGGCGUCCCGUUAAAUACGACUAUGGACGCGUGAUGCAGCCGCCGGAGCGUGAACUGGAGGACGAAACCCUUUAUGAGCCGCUGCAUGGCUUUGGCGACUUUGAUGACUUCUCAGAGCUGGAGCCGAAUGCCGAGGAGCCGCAUUUGGGCGAGGAUGAGUUGCUGCGCGAGCUAGACGCUUAUCAGUAUCAUGGCUUAGAGGAGGAACCGCUGCCCGAGAAUCCCUAUCGUGCGGCAGAGCAGCUCGAGCUGAGCGCACCCGAUGCCCUACAACAGCUGCUCGAGCAGGAGCAGCGCGAUGCACCCGGCAAGUCCAAUCCGAAGGCACACUCUCCCGGCAACUACAACAUACGCAUGCAGCAGAAGUGGGCCAGGAAACGGGCUCAGGCACCCAGGCAGCAGCAGCCGAUGCUCCAGCGCAACAUCUUUGGCCAACACUUCAAGCAGCAACGCGGCAAACUGGCACUGGCCAACUCGGAGGCCACGGCCAGCAAGCAUCUAAAGGCGGCCACACGUUCCGGCAGCUCCAGUGCCAGCGCCACCAAGCUGGAAAAGUCAACCCAGAACGAGAAUGGAGACGCAACGAGUCAGCUGCAGAACAAACAGCCGCACGAGUCACCAGCAUUAGCAUUAGCUGCUGGUGAUGCACAGCAGCAACAGCAGUCGACCUCGUCCUCGUCGUCGUCAUCGUCAUCGCAACAACAGUCGUCCCAGCAAGAGCAGAACAAGAAGGAAUCGGAUCAGUCGUUGAUGCAUCCCAAUCACAAACGAUCAGGCAGCGCCGCCGCUGGAGCACUAGGUGGCUAUGCGUCGCCGCCAGUCUCCCACAGCAUUGCCAGCCAAUUGAUGCUGCGCACAGCGCGCGGCCAGCGGCAAUACGACGUGCCACAAAUCGAGUGCCCCACCGCAAUGGAUGGCAUGGAGCGCUUCGCAUGCCCCACACCGGAUCUGCAGGGACGCUAUCGUUGCAUAGAUGAUCAUGUGCUAUGCGAUGGCUUCAUCGAUUGUCCGGAGGGCGAGGAUGAGGACCGAAGAUCCUGCAUGUUCUACAAGACGACGAAAGCUCAUUUGGAUGUGUUAGCGGAUGCGUUACUACGCUGGGCGCGAGGGCGUUAAGUCCACACAAUACCCGCACACGGACACACCUUGAUAAACACACAUACACACACUUGAUUAAAAAAAAACACACCUAGAGAACCCACGUUAAAAAAAAUUACAGUUAGUUUUAUGCUAAAUAUUUAACAUUAAUCGUGCAAACCUAUUAAGUUUAAAAACGGACAGGCACAACACUCACACACACACACACACACACACACACACACACACACACAACACACAUACUAACCACUCCGCCUGCCCACACCCUCAAAAGUAAAAAAAGUAUUGAACAAAAUGCAAAGUUGUGGUAUGUAAAAAUUCCAAGUAAAACAAGUACUAAUAAUGGCAACAAAUAUUUAAAAAAGAUAUGAUUUGGACUAUUAUUACACUAUUGUUAAUUAACAAAAAAAAAAACAAAACAAAAAAUUAAAAAAAAAAAACUACCAAUCAAGAAACUAUUCAAAAGAUAAACAAAAGAUAUCUAAAAUGGCGUUAAAAUUUCGAAAAGUAAAAAAACCCAAGUGGAAAAUUUUGUCGCAAAAAACUUGCCCCCAGAUGGUUUUCUUUUAUUGUUUUGCGCAUUAAAUCGGUCCUAAGCUA